GAGCCUCACACACCGAACCCCAGCAUGAGCGCUUCUACUCGGGCUGCGUGCGUGCUCCUCCUCGGGCUCCUGUGGACGUCCUGCGGGUCGCUCCGGACCCCCCCCCACCGGCUCCGGAUCCCCCCCCACGACCAGGUGGCGCGGGUGGCGCGCUUCGUGGCCCACCAGUGCGACUGGGCCUCGAUGGCCACCGUCUCCACCCACCCGCCGGUGGUGGGGCGCCCGUUCUCCAACGCGUUCUCGGUGAGCGACGGGCCGGAGGGCUCCGGUACCGGGGUCCCGUACCUGUACCUGACCCGGAUGGAGAUCUCCGUCCAGGACCUGCAGGUGAACCCAGAGGCCUCCCUCUCCAUGUCUCUGGCUCAGACGGAUUACUGCAGACUGCAAGGCUUCGACCCUCAGAGUCCUCUGUGUGCCCACAUCAUCCUGUCUGGGUCCGUGCUGGAGGUGAACGGGACGGAGGCGGAGUUUGCUAAGAAGUCUCUGUUCAGUCGACAUCCAGAGAUGAUGGAGUGGCCUUCAGACCACGACUGGUUCUUCUGCAAGUUCAACAUCACUCAGGUGUGGGUGCUGGAUUAUUUUGGCGGGGUGAAGACCGUCUCUCCGGAGGAAUACUUCCAGGCCUCGCUGCACAGGAAGCAGCACUGAAUGCUGGGAAACGUAGUUCACCUCCUCCUGUUUGUAGUCAUAUCACCUUAAAACUACAACACAGGUCAGCUGAUCACCUCAGACGUGUGAUCUUUAUAUUCAUAUCUUCACAUCUAUUUUUUGUGGUCACACUUAUUUAUUCUUGUUUCAUGCUUUACUGACUACAUCUCCCAUGAGCCUCGGCGCCCUGCGGGGCUUCGGCGUCUCGUGGGCGUUGUGGUUGUUGGACGCUCAUCUGGUGAUGUUUGAAAGACCUCACGUAGAUUGACAUGUUUAGAGGGCGGGGCUUAACAGUGGGUGGACGCUCAAAGAGGCGGGACUUUGACAUCUGAUUGAUUUGAUAUAAUAAAUAAACGUUUUCAGGACAACUUGAAAACUUUGCUGUGAAAUGAUCUAUUUUUUGACUGAAUGUUUAUUAUGUAUAAAUAAAGUUUGUUAAAAAAAUGA